AAGAUGCUAUACAGGAGAUGGAGCAAUAUGCUCGGAAAUAUGCUUGCAGGCAUAAACAAAGCUGUCUCACUCGUGCGCGUGCUUUUUCACGCAAACACCGGGGACCAUGCAGAGUACUGUUAAACUUCAGCGACUGCUCCUUUGCUGUCUUGAAAAAAGUAUCGCUAGCAUUUUAAUUAUGAUUCACACCUAUCUUCUCGCUCGAGAUAUGUCAGUAGCGAUUCAACCGUCAUAUAGAACGGUAUUUAACGAUUAUCCCUUACAAUGUCGGAUGAAUCAGUGCGUUCUUGUAUUUUGGGUCUUUUACGUCUAACAAAACCGCAUAGCGCUCAGCUGAGACGUCGGUGUAACGACCUAUGGUGUUACGAGCUGCUGCGUUUAUCGGGUGAUCGACUCGUGAACAGACUUAAAUACGUAAUCUGGUGGGCCCCUUUACGUGCUCUAGUGGUGGCCUAUAACAGAGGCAUAUUAAGUGGUCAACGAGUGCUGGGUGUUGUGUAUGAGGAGUUACAGCGCCGCGGUGUUUUAGAAGCUCCCCGCGUAAGAGGCCUUGUCGAUGAAAUCAGAUGUAAGUACCAUUAUCUCGAUAAAUCACUGUUGUUGGCGGUUAGCAAUACAGCAGCUAUUUUUACCAUAGGCUAUCGGCAGUUUUACGAUGCGGGGAGUGACGAAGAAGAGGCUCUCGCUGAGGCGACGAGAGCUGUGGAGGAAACGGAUCUAGAGCGUCAAACCGCCCUCUACCAACCGCUGCAUGAGGAGGGGGUAGGGGAAGAGCCUAGAGCGAGCACCUCGGCAGCACCGGCCGAGCCGAUACCGCAGGAUUUCACCAUAGGCUAUCGGCAGUUUUACGAUGCGGUGAGUGACGAAGAAGAAGAGGCUCUCGCUGAGGCGACGAGAGCUGUGGAGGAAGCGGAUCUAGAGCAUCAAACCGCCCUCUACCAACCGCAGCAUGAGAAGAGGGCUGAGGAAGAGCCUAGGGCGAGCACCUCGGCAGCAUCGGCCGAACCGAUACCGCUGCAGCCCGAUUCUGAUGACGACGAGGCGUCGACUAUUCUCAACCCUUCCUUGAUGUUUAGCGAUCGGUCUGAUAUACUGGCUGUGUACCGGCAAGCCACAGCUAACGAUGACGACGGAGCGAUAGCGGGUUCAUCGUAUCACCACCAUCGUCAGCAGGAAGAUGACCUCGUACAGCCCGAGAAUCAGCUGGGGGUGUAUCCGAUGGAUGCUCAACAGGAGGAGGAGGAGGAGCGUCUAAACGAGGAGCGAUUAGAAGCUAGACGCUUCGGCCUAUGGUUUCAAGAGCUGAUGGAGUGUGAUUCAGAUAUACAAACGGGCGGGGGAAGAACGCGCAAUACACAGGAGGGCGGAUCAUCAUCACGCACGAUACAGCCCGUUAUUUCAAACGUUUUCAACUACGUGGUCGGGAGAUAACAUUGCGUAUCCGCCAACCUCACGCUGGCACAAACGUGACAGCAUGGCUUGAAGGAGCAUUCCGCGAUCUUCGGACGCAUCUCACGAGUCACUGUGAGGGUGGUGACUACGCAGGGAUCUCGUUCUCCGCGAGCUGCUUAGCACACGGCCCCGUUUGGCUUUCAUUCCGUCCUGUCCGCGCCUAUACAUUUGUAGAUAUCUGGCAAUUAAUAACAAACAUAGCUCAAAGUGCAGCGUCUCUGGAUAUUGACAUAUAAAAGUAUGUAUCGUUAAAGGUUUGGAGGGUAGGGGGCGAAAAGGUUUGAC